AUGGCAUCUCUGGGAGCCAAGUUAAGAUUUAUGGUCACUGCGGGUGUUGGAUUCUUCGCAGAUGGCUAUCUCAACCUGACAAUUGGACUUGUGAUACCAAUUCUGGGUUAUAUCUAUUUCCAAGAUGGCAAGGUACCGUCAGUUCAGAGCGACAUCAUGAAAGGCGGCCUGAGUCUGGGCAUGGUUGCUGGUCAGCUUCUUUUUGGAGUCCUGAGUGACGUUUGGGGUCGACACACUAUAUAUGGUAAAGAGCUCCUCCUCACAAUAUUUGGGACCCUGAUGGUAAUCUUGUUGCCAUGGAACCAGAUGUCCCCCCGGUUUGUGACAGCAUGGAUUGCAAUUUUUCGUGUUGUAACUGGCGUAGGCAUUGGAGCUGACUAUCCACUAUCUUCAUCUUUGUCGGUAGAGAAAUCACCAUUUGGCUCCCGCGCCAUGCAAGUGUUGACCGUCUUCUCGAAUAUCGGCCUCGGUAAUAUUGCAGCCAGCCUCGUGUUUCUGAUCUUGCUCAAGGCAUUCGAAGGAUCGAUAGCCAACAACUUGAGCCAUCUCGAAUGGGUCUGGCGUUUGCUACUGGGCAUUGGAAUUGUGCCAGCGGUUUUCACCCUUUAUGCCCGCUUAACAAUCACAGAGACAUUGCCCUACAAGCAAUAUGUCUGCGAUGACACCGCUGGACAGAAACGUACAUUCAAGCAGCAGUGGGAAGACUUUCGCGAGUACUUCUGUCAUUGGAAACAUGCCAAAGUCCUGUUCGCAACGGCAGCCUCCUGGUUCUUGUUCGAUAUCGCAUACUAUGGUAUCAAUCUCAACCAAAGUAUUAUACUAGCAAGAAUCGGUUAUGCGAAUGGAGAAACACCAUGGAGGACUCUGUACAACACCGCUGUUGGUAAUAUAAUCAUUCAAGCGGCAGGAUAUCUCCCCGGAUUCUACGUCGGCAUCUUCCUUCCCGAUCGUAUUGGUCGUGUACGCCAACAAUUCUGGACCUGUAUCAUGGUGCGCGUCCUUCAUGCCAUAUGGGCUGGAGCUAGCACAAAGAGCGCGCACACUCCGACAGCUGGCUUGAUGAUCAUCUUUGCACUCUCGCAAUUUUUGCUGACCAUUGGUCCUAAUUGCACGACGUUCCUGAUUCCCGCAGAAGUUUUUCCAACGCGUGUUCGAGGGACAGCAUAUGGAAUAUCAGCCUCUGCUGGCAAAUGCGGCGCAAUCAUAACUUCAUUUGCUUUUGGUACUGUUGAAGAUGAAAUGGGGUUGGAGGGUGUUCUUGGUUUGUUCUCGGGGAUCAUGCUGCUCACUGCUUUUAUAACUUUGCUGAUACCCGAGACUAAAGAUCAAGCCCUUGAGAGCAUUGAAAAAGAUGAGCUCGGUAAAGCAGCUCCCACACUCUGUCUGAGUUACCUAUAUCAACGUUGA